GGUCAUUGAGCCAGCACUUUUUCGGUUGCCUCCAAAAACCGAGCAGCACACAACAAUUGAGCAAGCGGAAGACGGCACAGCAAGAUCGCAGACAAGAUGGCGAGCGAGAAUCCAACGGGUAAUAGCGGAGAAGAGGCGAAGCAAGGAGAAAGCAGUGCUGCUCAGGAAAGAGAGUUUGUCAAUCAGGGUCUCCGAUUGUGGGAGCAAAGCCGUACGCAAUGGCUAGGUCAUCAGAACAGCAGCAAUCAUUCCAAUCGAGCCGACGGUAAGAGCGACACGGACUCUACCGCACGACCGGCCGCAGUCCCCAUUGAAGUAGACGAAAUCAUUGAGGUCGUGUUUGCCAUGCCAAGACAAACGGCUACGGAAGACGAGCCUCCCAGAUUCCCAAGAUCCAUUCCUCUGGUUCAAAUGGUUGAUAUAUUGGUGGACCUAUGGGAAGCAGAGGGGCUGGAUAUAUAAAUACUAGCUAAGUUUGAAAGUCUGCUGCUACCUUUUGAAUGCAGAUGUUUUUUUUUAAAAAAUGCUAGCUAGCUAGCGCUAUAGCUAGAAUCAGAAGGAAUUUCAAGUUGGUUUCAUCAUUUCUUGCUAGAGACACUUAUGGAUACAUGGGCAGGAUAGGAUAAAAUAGAAAGUCAGAGAGAAACAGCC